AUGGGGAUUACCAAUUCCAUGGACGUCCUCUUGGUCUUUGCAGUCCUGUUGCUCAAUGCUGAUGUCGGGUCGUGCGGCUGCUUCAAGCGCAUCUUCGCCUUUGGUGACUCCAUCAUUGACACCGGCAACUUCCGGACAGGUUCGAUGUGGAUGCCCCCUUAUGGAGGGACCUACUUCCACCACCCCACUGGCCGCUGCUCCGACGGGCGUCUAAUUGUCGACUUCUACGCGCAAGCGUUUGGCCUGCCCCUGCUGCCGCCGAGCGAGCCCGAGGAGAAGACAGGGCAGUUCCCUGCCGGUGCCAACUUCGCCGUGUGGGGCUCGUUUGCGCUGAGCCCAGACUACUACCGGAAAAGGUAUAACUUAAGUGCGGACCACGGUUGCCUCGACUCGCAGCUCGGUUCCUUCAAGACAGUGCUCGCACGGAUAGCUCCUGGAAAAGCUGCCACCAAACGUCUCCUCAGCGAGUCCCUCAUCGUCUUUGGAGAGAUCGGUGGCAACGACUAUAACUUAUGGUUCUACGAUCGCCAGUGCAGUCGUGACACGCCCUAUAAGUUCAUGCCCGACGUGAUCGCCCGCAUAGGCUCCGGGGUCCAGGAGGUGAUCAACCUUGGUGCCAAGACGAUCCUUGUUCCUGGAAACUUCCCCAUCGGGUGCGUCCCGGUUUACCUGAGUGGGCACAAGACAAACAAGUCCGCUGACUAUGACCAAUUCGGCUGCCUCAGGUGGUAUAACAAGUUCUCUCAGAAGCACAACCAACUGUUGAGGCAGGAGGUUGGCCGACUUAGGUCUCGCAACCCUGGCGUGAAGGUCAUCUACACCGACUACUAUGGCGCCGCCAUGGAGUUUGUCAGGAACCCCAAGAUGCAUGGCAUCGACGACCCCCUGGUGGCGUGUUGUGGUGGCAAUGGCCCCUACGACACCGGCCAUGGGUGCGACCAGAACGCGAAGGUUUGCCGUGACCCGUCCAGGUUCGCCAACUGGGACCAGGUUCACAUGACCGAGAAGGCAUACAGUGUCAUCGCCAAUGGGGUGCUCAACGGCCCGUAUGCGGACAUUCCGUUGCUCCACGCUUGCUAG